AACUCUUUAGUGAGCGUAGAGAGAGGGUACAAAAAGUGUGGUGUUAUAAAGUUACGUAAUGUUCUAUUCGGCUGCUCGCCACGAUAAACAAGGCCACUGAUCAGCACCUCGGAGACCGAAGGCAGUCAGAACAUGGUGGUGUCUGUCGAUGUGAUUCACACCUUUAAAUAUCCACUUGACUUUGUCGUGAACACUCACUUCACAAAGUAUCCAAAUGCCAAAGAGAAGUAUGUUCAGAAAAUUGAAACCAUAGAGCAACAAAUUGACAAGAACAGUGGAGUAAACUACAUACGAAGGAUAGCUACAUGUCAUAACGUCAUACCGGCAGUCCUCCGUCUGAUAAGUGCUUUGAAUGUGAAGGAAUUUCUUCUAGAGGAAAAGUCUUGGCUGGAUGCCAAGAAACAAUCUCUACAUCUCAAAAGUCGCAACCUCACCUGGUGUAAUUAUGCAAAUAUGUGGGAAGAGUCAGUGUUCAAGCCUUGCCCAGAAAACCCCAAGUGGACACAGUUAAAACAGCAUGGUGUUAUUGACAUUCAAGGCAUCGGACCCUUUGGCAGAGUCAUUGAAAUGUUUGCUGAGAAAUUCCUUCAUGCUGGUGUGAAGAGGGGUUUAAGUAUCAUGGAAGAUUUGUUGUUGGAAAGACAUCAAGAGAAGGUGACAGAUCUUGAUGGUGAUGCCUGAGGAAUUUGACAUUUUGAGGAGAUACCUAUACCAGUGGAAGUGCCAAAUAAUAAUACUCAACCAAAUAUAUACCUCUGACCUUUUGACUCUUUUGUAAACUGACAUGAAAGUUAAAUAAUCGAGAGUGAAAACAUUGAAUGUCAAUUCCAUGAGCAAAUUUGAAUUACUGCAUUGAACAUGCUCCUAGUUUAUGAAAUACCUCAAUCUGAAAUAUCAUGAUAUCAGUUCGGUACCGUGCUAAAUAAAAUGAAUUUUGAAGUGUAAAUACACAUACAAAUGUGCAAUAUAUGACUGUUUCAAACUUUAUCAUUAACCAAAAACAGACUGCUCUUGAAAAUUAAUUACACUAUAAUUGUAACUUUUCCAAUUAUUGUGAUUUUUCUGUUUUCUGUACGUAUACUUUCCAAUAUUUUUAGCUCACCUGGUCCGAAGGACCAUGUUGAGCUUAAUGCCAUAU